AUGGCUAAAGCAUAUCCUGUUAAGAUGCUUGUUGUGACCAAAUAUUAUUGUAGUCGAACAUCUACAAGCGAGAAAACAGCCAAUGCCCAAGAGUACAAGGUGAAGGACAUGUCCCAGGCGGACUUCAGCUGCCCUGAGAUCGAGCUGGCCGAGGAGAAGUCUACGAACUUGUUUCAAAUAAGGCCGGAAGCUCAUGGAAAGCUAAUCUCAAUACUUUCCAUUGACGGUGGUGGUAUUAGAGGGAUCAUUCCAAGUGUUGUUCUCGACUUUCUGGAAGCCCAACUCCAGAAACUAGACGGUGAGGAUGCAAGAAUUGCAGACUAUUUCGACGUGGUUGCGGGGACGAGCACAGGUGGUCUCUUGACUGCGAUGCUAACUGCACCUAAUGAAAAGAAUCGGCCUUUGUUUGCUGCUAAAGAUAUCAAGGGCUUCUAUCUUGAUCAUUGCCCUAAAAUCUUCCCUCAAAAAAGAUACCUGUCUGCUAAUGGCAUAAAAUUGCUGAAAGCUCUCUUAGGACCAAUAUAUGACGGCAAGUAUCUCCGUCAAAUUGUUAAGGAAAAAUUGGGAAACGUACAGUUGCACCAGACAUUGACUAUGAUUGUGGUGCCAACUUUCGACAUCAAGCAACUCCAGCCAACCAUCUUCUCUAGCUACCAGGUGAAGAAAAACCCAAGCAUAGAUGCCUUACUGUCUGAUAUAAGCAUUGGAACCUCUGCCGCUCCAACAUAUCUUCCAGCACAUUAUUUUGAAACCAUUGACUCCACCGGGAGAUCAAGGGAAUUCAAUCUUAUUGAUGGUGGAGUAGUCGCCAAUAAUCCGACUUUAGUUGCCAUUGAUGAAGUUAUGAAGGAGAUAUACUCUGGGAAUAGUGACUUUUUUUUUCCAGAUGGACGCUUUUUGAUUUUAUCGCUAGGAACUGGUUCUACAAAAAUGGAAGGGAAAUAUAAUGCUAAAAAAGUUGCUGAAUGGGGACUUUCGGGAUGGCUACUCAAUGCUGGUUCAUGUCCAUUGGCGGAUACAUUUACUCGAGCUAGCGGUAAUAUGGUUGAUACUUACAUUUCUACUGUUUUACAAGCCAUUCGCUCUGAAAAUAAUUACCUUCGAAUUCAGGAUGACACGCUAAGCGGUCAACUAACUUCUGUCGAUAUUGCAACAACAGAGAACUUAAGGAAUCUUGUCAAAGUUGGUGAGGAAUUAUUGAAGAAGCCAGUUUCGAGGGUAAACUUACAUACCGGUAUAUAUGAACCUUCUAAUCAGGGCACUAACGAAGAGGCCCUCAUAAGGUUGGCCGAAAUUCUCUGCAAGGAAAAGAGGCUUCGUGAUGCUAGAUCCUUACAUGGCUGUAUUAUUUCAAAGUCUUGAGUUCUAUUUUUGCAAAUGUUGUUCAACUGUACUCUGACUAUUUUGAUGAUA